UUGACUCGCGCGUCAUGUUUGCCGAUGUCGGUUCAAGCUAAGGAUUAUUCCAUAUCGGACAGCCUGCAUGGCUCGGUGUCAAAAAUACCCAGAUUGCUGCGUGAAUCCACAUUUCGGAAUUUUGACGGGACAUCGGAGCAAGGCGAGGUCAUUGUGGAUGCGGUCCAUGUCCCCUCGGGUGCAACGGCGCGCAUUAGCUAUGGAAACGUGAAGGUGAUCGGCACCGGUUCUUUUGGAGUAGUCUACUCGGCGACUCUGUGCGUUGGCGAGGAUCGAGAAGUUGCAAUCAAAAAAGUGCUCCAGGACGAACGAUACAAGAAUCGAGAAUUACAAAUAUUGAAAGAAAUGCACCACACAAACGUUGUGACUUUGUACUAUUACUUUUAUUCCGUUUCCUCAUCGGUGAGCCUCAUUUUGGAAGUUCUUACACUUACUAUUUUUAUUCAGAAACCAAAUGAGACCUACCUGAAUCUUGUCCAAGAAUUCAUACCGCAAACUCUUAGUCGCUUAAUCAAACACUACUGGCGAAUACGACAGGUAAUACCUCUGGCUCUGGUCAAAUUGUACAGCUUCCAACUCAUCCGUGGCCUGGCCUAUAUUCACAGCCUAGAUGUCUGCCACCGGGACAUAAAGCCCCAGAACCUGCUCAUCAAUCCUGAAUCGGGUAUACUGAAAAUAUGUGACUUUGGCAGUGCCAAAAUCCUCAGUCCGACAGAGGCGAACGUGUCCUACAUUUGUUCGCGUUAUUAUCGGGCACCGGAGUUGAUUUUCGGCGCGACGCAUUACACCGUGCUGAUCGGUGCCGUUGGUGCUGUUCGCCUUCCUGGCUUUGGUCCAUGUGACCCUCCCUGUGCUCGGCUGGAGGCACCGAACGAUACGGCCGCUGGCCGGUAUCAUUCAUGCUGUCAGUUUGUGGCCAGACUAUCGGACUGGGUACCUUCGACGUUUAUUGCAGAUAUGUGGUCUGCUGGUUGUGUUAUCGGUGAGCUGCUUCUUGGUCGUCCCCCUCUUUCCCGUGGUUCAGGCGUGGAUCAGCUGGUGGAGAUCAUCAAAGUCUUGGGCACACCGACUCCCGAACAGAUUUUAGAGAUGAAUCCACAGUACAGUGAAUUCAAAUUUCCCAAUAUCAGUGGCUGUCCUUGGGAAAAGCUUAUCCGGCAUCGUACCAAUGACUCAGCCUUUUCCGUCCUCCGAAAGUUGCUGGUCUACAGUCCUCAGGUCCGUUCGAGUGCUGCCGAUAUACUGGCGGAUAGCUUUUUCGCAGAUUUGAUUUUCCCACCACCCGGUCAUCCACCCAAUGCCACAGGGCAUUUGCCCAGUGGCAAACCUGCACCGCAAUUUCCCACAGAAUUCACCGAAUCUGAGUUGUGCUAUCUUCCGCAGGACCUCGUCGCGCGUAUUCGAGCUUGCAAAGAGGCCGUAGCGGAGGCUGAACUUCGUUCAUCUAUAUCCCCCACCCGGGGCGAAACUGCUUCCGCGGGUCCUAACACACCUACCAAUCAUCGUGCAGCUAUCGGACGUUCUCGAACCUCUCACGAAGAGUCGUCUCGUUCAUCCCAUGCAGUGAAUUUCAACACUGCUAGCGCGCAUCCAAAUCCACCCCAGUCACGACUGAGCGCAGGUAGCGCGACGUCACGAACUCGUAACAUGCUGGCCUCCUCAGUCAUUGACAUGCGGACCAACUCGGGUUCGCGUCCACGACAAAAAAACCGACUGAGCGAGUCGAUAGAUCAGGCGAUCAUCACAACCAAUAUGCGUCCCAGCUAUACUGCCCGAGAUCGUUCCGCUUCGAUGCACUUAUCACAGUCUGUACAGGAAGUAAACGAACCAGGUCGCAGUGAUCGGCCUGCCUCUCGGAGGUCCAGUCGAGUUCAAAGCGUGUACAGUCGGCCUAGUCUUCACAACAACAAAUCAACUAACCGGUCUGGACAAGCUUGAACAAAUGUACAGAACAAACCUGCACACCGGAUCUCAUACCUCGUUCAUCAGUUCCAAUUCACUGCGGUCUUUCACAGAGUCACAGCCUAAGCGAUUUCUACACUCAUGUCAGGUUCGUCCUUUUCACUCUCCGGUCUCUUCUUUGUCUCAAGAUGUAUCGUCGAUCCGAACCCUACUCGCCUCACCUAUCCCCAUGUCUUUUGUGAAUACACGACCCGAUUUCGUCUUCCUCCUCCUUUUUAUACUCCACUGUUUCCUUUCCGUCUUUUGCUGUUUGUGUGAGAGUCGAUCGAUCCCCUGGGAAUCUCCUAAUCCUUCACGUCAGAAUUCCGCUCAACCGACGCUUCAGAACAGGAACGCCAACCAACGGCAUGUAUGAACCAUUGAGAGGAUUUUUUUUGUUACUCUCCCGCACCUUUGUACAGUGAUAUCGUCCACAUCCACCUAUAUCAUUUGUUCUAUCCCUGUCUUCGUUUUAUCGCCCAAAAUCCGUUCUUCUAACAUCCGUAAGCAGCAGUUGGUGUAUUCGUUCCAUACCCAUCUACCUCUCUUCAUUCAUUCUUACCUUCUCUUAGGUUGGUUUACUUGAUUUAUGCCACCUUGUCGUUUUUAUAUCAUUUCGUUCCUGUGGCAAUUCUUCAAUCGAUUCCCGACUGGAUAUUAUUGCCUGUGUCUCUCCAGCUCCUUCUAUCUUGCUGUGUAUAUUUCGCAUCGAAUUUUAUGUUACCA